AUGGAUCAAAGUCAAACGGCUCUUCCGGAUAUUCGCCGUUUCACCCACAAAGCUUCAUCAGCCUCCUUAACAUCAUUAAUACCGGUACAAGAUUACCAAGGUCCUCUUGCGUGGAAUGAUGAUACAGGCCUGAAUGGCAUCCGUCUGCACUGUACUGAUGGCACAACCAUUGAAUCUACAGUUGGACACGUGGGAAAUUGGAGAGAGAUUGAUAGUUGCCCCAAAGGCAACCUGCAGCAAUUCUCUCUGCAGGUAGAAAAACCCCAAGGGAUCCGUGACGAUACAGCAGCCAACAAUAUCCUCUUCAGAUGUGGAUGUGGAGCUGUUCUGAAAGGUCGUGGACACAAUUGGGGGAAGUUUGGGGACUGGAGUAAGAGCUGUGCCCCUGGCUUCAUAUGUGGGAUAGCGACUAGAGUGGAGGCUUACCAAGGUACUGCUGACGACACCGCUCUUAAUGAUGUGAAGUUCUACUGCUGUGACUGA